GACAGCGCCAGCAGCAGCAGCAGCAGCAGCAGAAGCAGCGGCUGCUGGAGUUCACAUUCAGAAACGCUUUCAGUGUAAUUUCGGCUGUGCGGCGUGUUAGUCUCCACGUCGCUCUGGGGACUCGGGACAACAAAUUGCCAUCUUCGCGUGUGAGAGUGUGCGUGCGUGCGUGUGUGUGUGUGCCGCGUGGUGUCGUAUCUUUUUGCGCUACGUCGUGCUCCAGCUGUCAGCGGUGUCGUCGUCUUCAGUCCGCCGCUGCGUCGCCGCCGCCGUCGCUGUCGCCGUCGUCUGUUGCUCUUCGCGGUCGCAUCUACAAGUUUUCCUUUGCUUUUUUCGGGAUUUUUUGUUGUUUUCUUUUUCAAUUUUUUUUGCUUGAUAUUUGCUGCGUCGCGUUGCGUUUUCCACAAUUGCUUGAGCUUCAACUGAUGUUAUAAAGCUCAACUCGAGUUCUUGCUGCUAAUGGACUGUGCUUCUACUUGGCUUCAGCCUGGCCUCAAACUGUUGUGGAAUACGCUUUAAAUGCUUCUUGGGCCACGGUACUGCCAAAAACAGAAGCAGACCAACAACUGAAAAAAAAGGCGAUUUCGUUGACCCAAAAUGUCGGAGCUGAGCCCAACUGGACAUAGUUGGUUGGCGCUGGCCUAGAAAAUGUCAACGCCGUGAAUCAUGUGCUCUACGCAUUGAGGUGGAGACACACACACAUACAGAUCGUUACACAACACAAAACAGAGCAGAGAACAGAGAGCAGAGCAAAACAAAACGGAACAGAACAAACACUAUUACACUAUACAACACGGUGCGAACUGUACAAUGGUCAUCCAGUGCACAUGCGAUUGCAAUUGCAGUGAUAGAGAGAACCGCAGCUCCUGUUUGCCACGCCUCACGCUGCGACUAAGUGCCACGCCCCUGGAUGCUGGCAAUGAUAUGGAGCAUCGUUUGUCCUACUAUCGCCGGCUAUCGAAUACCUCAUCAGCGCUCUACGGCAGCUGUCCCCAAUUGCUGCCCAUUGGCCAAACGUGCCACAGCCACAGCCAGAAUCAAAAUCAGAGUCAGAGUCAGCUGCAGAAUCUGAGUCGCAGCCUGGAGCAGCAGCAGCAGCAGGAGCAGGAGAGGGAGCGUGAGCUGAGGCCAUACUCGAGUCUGGUGCGCACCAAGCACAGAAGCUCCGUGCUGUGCAACAAAUGCGCUCUGUGACGAAGAUACAACCUAAGCUGUGAGCAUCCCGAGUCGCAACAACCGCAACUGCAUCCACAUCCGCAACAAGGCCGCAACAAACCAGCGCCAGCAAAAGAGACACAGCAGCAGCAGCAGCAGCAGCAGCAGCAGCAGCAGCUCCAUCAUGCGCCCAGCUAUGGGAAUGUGGCCUGCAGUCGACAUUGCGCGGCCUCUUCAAUGCCGCCGCAACCGGAGCCACCGCCACCGGCGUCCAGUCUGCGCUGGUAUGCGCCGGGCAGUGGCAAUCCCAAUGCCAAUCUGACUCCCAAUCCCAAUCCCAAUGCCUGUUGUUAUGUUUACAAUCCGACGCCCCACUACGCCCCCGAGCUCUGCGUUUGCGAUAAUUGGUAUCACCAGCACCAGCAGCAGCACAGAGGCAUCCCGCCGCCUCCUAAGCCACUUAUGCCCAAUGGCGGCUGCUACUUGGGCUUUGACACUGCCCACCAUCCCAGCCACAUCACCGACGAGGAGGACUCGGCGUUUCCUGCACUCGCCGAUCGUGAGUUCCAUUUGCUGCAUCGCAACAUCCCAGCGCUGCGUCGCACGGGUGUGGACACAACACGCAUACGACAGUACUUCUACCCGGACGGCGGCUGGGGCUGGAUCAUCUGUGGCGUCUCCUUUCUGGUGCACAUUCUCACCACGGGCCUCCAGCUCAGCUACGGCCUGUUGCUGUUCUACGCCGUGCAGCAUUUGCACAACACAGGUGGCAUAGAGCUCUUGGGCGCUCUGAGCUGGUCCAUCUCGAUGCUGGCCAUACCGUUUGUGGUCUCUCUGUGCCGGAAACGCUCCAUACGUCUGCUCUCGAUUGUGGGAGGCCUUGUGAUGCCGCUGGGCAUUCUGUUCACAUCAUUUGCCACGGAAUUCGGUCAGGUUGUUUUUAGCUAUGGCAUCGUCUUUGGCAUCGGCGUUUCCAUGGUGCGUGAAGCCUCCACCGUGAUGCUGGGCAAUUACUUUAAGCGUCGCCGGCAAUUCGUCGAAAUGGUGGCCAUGUCCGGCGAGGGCGUUGGCAUCGCUUUGUUCUCCGUCAUCCUGAAGGAGGGCGUGGGCAAGGCCGGCUGGCGCCUGGGACUGCAAAUCGUUGCCGCACUCACGGCGCUCAGCUUUUUCAUGGGCCUCAUGUAUCGACCGGCUUCCCUAUACCAUCCGCAACGCCGUGCCAUUCAACAUCUCAAAAAUCAACGCAAAAAGCUGCGCGAGAAGAAGCCCAAACUGACGCAGGAAGUGGAGUCACCCACCAAAUACUUAUUCCUGGACAUAUCAUCACUGAAGUCGGGCACAGUUAAGAUCCUAUUGAUGACUUCCAGUGUGGCUGCCUUUGGCAUCUAUACGCCCAUGUUCCUGAUGGCCCUCAAUGCUGCCAAGGAGGGCUCCGAUGUGCAGGAGCUGGUGCUGCUGCAAACCUUUCUGGGCAUCUCCAUGGCUCUAGGCGUUGUGCUGGCCGGCGCUCUGCUGCGUCGCUGCUUUGUCAUACGACAAUUUGUGAUCAAUACCAAAAUUGUUGCGCAGCUGUUUAUAUCCAUUGUGGCGCUGGCCAUACUAUUCCUAUCCUUUGUCAUGGGCUACAAAGGACUCUGCAUACUCAGCUGGCUGUACGGCAUCGGGCUGGGCGGCUUUCAGUACUCGCUGAAGAUUUUGGCACUGGAGCGCAUCAAGCUGAAGCACUUCUCAAAGGCCUGGGGCUUCAUACGGGGCGUCGAGUCGGUGCCCGUGCUGAUUAGUGUGCCCCUCACCUCGUUUCUCAAUGACUAUUCGCUGAAGUAUGGACGAGCCGGCUAUUAUAUAUGCUCUGCGGCGGCUGCUAUCUCGGGCAUCAUCAUCUUCUUCAUUAGCGAGUCGCAGGACCAGCAGCACCAGCAGCAGCAGCAUCAGCAGCGCGGCCAUCUCAAUGGGCAUCUGCCGACGCCGAUGCUGAUGCGGCACUCCUCGGCGCGCCACCAUCGGCCGAACCUGCAUUUGGAUUACGGCUAUGGCGAAUAUCCCGCUCCCGAUUUGCUCAGCCGUAGCUGCAUUAGUUUGAAUCAAAUGGAGCCUUAUCUGGGGGCCAGCAAUCCCCACUAUUGCCAACGUCACAUGCUGCAGCAGCCGCUUGCCACGCCCACGCCCACGCCACAUCAUCAUCAUCUGCCUGUCCAGCAUAUGCAUUCGCAUUCGCAUUUACAUCAGCAUCCCCAUCUGCAUCCGCAUCCGCACCCACACCAGCAUCCACAGCCGCAUUCACAUCCGCAUCCGCAUCCGCAUCCCCAGCAGCUGGCCUGCCACAAUCUGGACAUGCAGCCGGCCCGCCUGCCCUAUCAGCUGGGCCAGGGCAGCAUCGGCGCCAAGAUGGGCAAGCGACUGCAGCGCAGCCUCUCCUUCAUCCAGCAGCACAACUGCUGCGACGGCCAGAUGUACUGCAGCUGGCACAGCACCUACGAGCUCGGCUGCCGCAAGUCGCCCAAAUCUCAGGACAGGCAGCCACUCAUAUGUACUUGCAGCCCCAACUCGACGACAUAUGGAGGAGGAGGCGGGGGCGGGGGCGGCAGUUCGGCACGCAGUCGCAGCGUGCCAGAGGGCCUAUCGACCAUGUCGCAGCAGUGUAACUGCCGUCAUGGGGCUGGCCUGGCAGCUGGGGCAGGGCCAUCCUGUGAGUUUAUCUACGUGCCGCACGCCUACGCCUCAUUGCAGCGAACGCCACAUCGACAGAGUCGCCAUGCCGGAACAGGAGCAGGAGUCGGAGCAGGAGCAGGAGUCGGAGCAGGAGCUGGAGCUGGCAGCAGCUGUCAGGCAUCCAGAGGCAAUCCGCAAUGCCGGCUGAAGCGUUCCCAAUCGCUAAGUCGUCCCGUUCAUUUCGUAGAGCAAAUCACCACCUCCGUCUAGGGGCGGGCAGGCGGACUUAGAGUUAUUUUGUAGUGUACUCCAGUUACGUGAAUCGAAUUCCGAAUUGUCACUUCUUUCUAGUCUUUUGUCGUAGUUAGUAGCACGUGCUAUAGUCCAAGUCGAAAAAUCCCACAAAGAAAAAAACACAAACAAAACAAA